AUGACUAUGUCCGAUGCUAAGGUGUAUCGAUCGCUGUGUCCCCAACCACUGCUUAGAAUAAUCAACAUUGAAAGGAGCCAUAAUUCGGGCCUGUUCGAUCUCCUGCGCUCAUCCGACAAUCGUGAUGGGCAAUUGUUUUCGAUUCAGUUGAUCAUAUUCCAAGAAUUCUCUCUUUAUCUUCGUCUUCCUGAGGAUUUGCGCGCUGCGAUCGAUCAAUAUUGCAUCGCCCAUGAGGUUGGUGUAAUUGCUUUUCUUAACGAAGGAAAAGCGCUCUCCACCGAACCUGAUUCACUUUUCCGGGUCGGACAUUUGCCACUUUUUGUGCAUCGGUUACGAAACCCCCCAUGGGGCUUGUACACAGCCAAGAACACAACUGCAUUUCAUCUCACACGUGAAGGACGUCUACAACCCGGUCUUUUAGACAACAGUGGUACCGGAUGUUGUCGUGCCACAUUGGUCCCCUACCCGGAAUCGGAGCAUCUCUUUGUUCCACAAUCCGAAACACCGGACUCUGUUUAUCAAAGCUUGGUAUUGGAAGAUCUGGGUCUGCAUGAUGGGGUUCGACGAGUCAUAUUUUCCACUUCUUCUGAUGGUCUCUGGAUCAAUAAGAUGCUCUUAUUCGAUGUCAUCAUUCACUUAUCUAAUGGCCGUAUUCAUGCGUUACCCCCGGUGUCCAUUGCGCUGGAUAAAACAAACGUUAACAUGUUUGAGUCCUCUCCAGGUCAAGGUACGUAUCCAUCAAUGUCUCCGGUGCAUUAUCAAACUGUAAGAGUGUUCUUCAACACUUUUUAA